AUCAUAAAGUGAAAAACAAUCAUGAUGCUGCUCCCUCUGCUUCUUUGGUCCUUUUCUAGUUGGAUGGUGGUCCAUGCUGAUCCUUCUUAUAAUCCACUUCCUAAUCCUGAUUCAGUUGUUACAGUGGGCCAGGCUAGAUUCACUGUAUUAACUCCACGUCUCAUUCGCAUGGAAUGGGGUCAAGCUGUAGACUCUGCCACACUGACCUUCGUCAACAGAUACUUACCUACUCCAAAAUUUGAUCACUAUUCAUAUGAUGAAGGAAAAUGGCAAAUUAUAGAGACUUCUUAUCUGAAGGUGUCAUACUUUUCAUCAGGUGAGUCAUUCAACAAAGAAAACUUAAUCGUCGAGUAUCAAUUUAAUGGCAAAAGUAAUUUGUGGUCACCGCAGCCUUACACUGAAGAUUCACUUGGUGGUAAUCUAGGGGGAACAGUACGAACAUUGGACGGUAACAAUGGUGAUAAAGAUCUUUUAGAUUGUUAUAAGGCCGACUCUAAAAGUGAUAGUCAUUGUACUUUGGGUUUAAUAUCAAGAGAUGGUUAUGUUGUGGUUGAUGAUACUGGAUAUCCUCAAUUCGAUGAUUCUGAAUGGCCUUGGGCUGUUAGCCCUAACAUUAGUAACUCUACUAAUGACUUUUGCUCUGAUAUCAACAAUGCUUCGGUUCGUUCAUGUGGUUUUCACUCAAUAUCGCAAAAGGAUUGUAUAGGGCAUGGCUGUUGUUGGUCUCACUCUGGAAAACCCCCAAACUGUUAUUAUUCCAAACAGUCACGUCAGGAUCUAUACUUCUUCGGUCACGGCCAUGAGUAUAAAGGAGCAGUAUAUGACUUUGCACUGGUUGCUGGAAGAAUACCCAUGCCCCCUAGAUAUGCAUUUGGAAUGUACUACUCUCGAUACUGGGCAUACAGUGAUAUAGGAGAAAUGGAAUUGGUCAAUGGAUAUCAUAGUAGAAAUAUCCCAUUGGAUGUUCUUGUUCUUGACAUGGACUGGCAUAAAACAUUUUAUAAAGACGACAUAAUUGAUCCUGCUGGAGAAAGGAAAGGACUGACUGGGUUUACUUGGAAUGAUCACUUGUUUCCUAAUCCACAAGGUUUUUUAGCUUGGUGCAAGGCUAAUAAUCUAAAGAAUACCCUUAAUCUUCAUUUUGCUAGUGGCAUACAAAAGUGGGAGGAUACAUUUAACGAGAUGGUAGAGGCUAUGGGAUUGAAUGCUUCGGCUUUGUAUGUUCCUUGGAAGCCUGUUGAUCCCAAGUUUGUCAAUAAUUUUUUAAAGAUAACUCUGAAGCCAUUGCAAGACAUGGGCAUUGACUUCUGGUGGUUGGACUGGCGACAAGGUGAAGAAGGACCAAAAACUGGCAUUAAUAUGCCAAACCUUAAUCCUACCUUUUGGAUCAAUUAUCUAUUCUUUACCAAUCCUUACCAAUGGGGCCCAAUAGAUGAACCUGUCAAAAGACCUUUCCUGUUGCAUUCUUGGGGUGGUCUUGGUAACCACAGAUAUCAAAUUGGCUUUUCUGGAAACGUAAAUCCUAGCUGGAGUUCUCUCAAUUAUCAAGUUUCUUUCACCCUAAGAGCCUCUAAUGUACUCUUUGGGUAUUGGAGUCAUGAUAUUGGAGGUCACCUUAAACCACCUCCAGCUGAAUUAUAUACCAGGUGGAUACAGUGGGGGGCGUUCUCUCCAAUAUUUCGUAUUCAUAGCAGUAAGAGUGCAUUAGAUGAUCGUAGGAUAUGGGUCUACCCAUUGGCUAAUUAUAAGAUCAUGCAUGAAUUUAUGGUACUGAGAGGUAGUAUGGUACCUUAUAUAUACACUUACGCUAGAGAGGCACAUGAUACAGGCCUUAGUCUUUUAAGAGCUCUGUAUUUUGAGUAUCCAGAAGCUGAUGAAUCAUACAUAUUUAAUAAUCAAUAUUUCUUUGGUCCUCAUAUCAUGGCAGCUCCUAUUACCCAAGCAGUAAAUGAAACCAGUCAAGUAGUCAAUAAGACCAUAUGGAUACCACCAGGUAGUUAUGUAGUUUAUAUGAAGAUGAUGGUGUUACUGAAGGUUACAAAGUUUCAAGUUUCACUACCACAAACUAAUUGCUACUUUGACUUUAGAGAGACACUUAGCUUGACUGUGUAUCCAUCUAUUGGUACUUAUGAUGGCUUUCCAUCAAAAAGAAACUACCAAAUUGUUAUUCCAAACUUCUGGCCAGCUGAGGAAGUCCAGCUUAACUCAAAUUCAUUAAGUUAUUGUCCAUUAAGAGAUUCAUUUGAUGAAUAUACCAGUGACUGCUGGACUUAUGAUGGGAGUACUCUAUCCCUCAUUGUUAUUAUUGUGACACCACAAGCUACCAGUGAUGCAGUGAAUGUCCAAGUAGCAUAUACACAGUUCAAUGUGUUUGAUCCAUACAAUAUCAAUAUCAAUAUCAAUGGAGAGUCCAAGAGUGUCGGAUUCACUGGUAUGGUGAGACGUCUUGUGAACAUUAAACAAUAUCUAGAUGAUCAGUGGGGAAUCAUACAUACAUUAUACCAAGAAGAUUACAGAAGUUUAAUUGAUGCAUCUGAAGCUGGUAUUAGAAUAACAUACUCACCAACUGAUAUUGGAUCACUGAUCAAUGGAUUCAGGGAUAACAUGGAGGAUACAUAUAAUUCUGUACCAAAAUUGAAUGUCAAUUCAACUCUCAGGGAAUUUUUAAAAGCACAGUUGACAUUGAAUUAA